AUGGCUUCUACCUCUGCAACACCCGCUGCUAAUGGCCUCGCCCGACCUUCACAUCCUGUCACUGUCUCUGGAGUGAUCGAGAUUUCCGCUUUGCUCCCACCUGCCGACAACCGCAAUUACACUUACCGUUCUUCUACCGUCGCUAUCACAUGCAACGGUUGGGAUUCCGAUCGCGAAGCGGAGUACGACAGCACUUUUACCGCGUACUGCUCCUCUAUCGAUGCUCCUCUCGACGGUCAUUGUUAUGUCAUGAAAUCUAAAUUCCUCCCAGAUUCUCGUUCUGCCGAAUAUGCUAUGUAUCACGAGGCCGACCAUAAAAUCUUAGUCGGAACUAGCGAUACCUUUGCAGGCACCUUGAAUAACAACACAGCCCUGACUGGUCUUGGAGUUGUCACUACUUGGACCACGAUCCCCGACGAUGCAACUGGGAAAAGUACCCUCUGCUUUGUCAUGCAGCACGUUGACUAUAAACCACAAAUCCGGGAGGACUACCAGUUCGAAAUUGAAUACCGGAUUCAACCCACACGCAACUUACAAAGCGCCCAGGGUUUGAUUCAAAUCGGUCGUGAAACCUUGAUUAAUGGAUUCAUUGUUGAUUGGGAUGAUGACAACACCAGGUGGAUCGUUGAAGUCACUAGCGUUAGUAACUGUACAGGCAGAUCUGACUCCGCUGCGAAGAAGUUGGUCCCUGGAGGCCAAGUAACUCCUUCAGGACGUAUUCGACCUGCUAAGCACGUUCCUAGCCCCAGUCCUUCUAAGCCACUCAAAAGUGCCAAGUCGACUGCCGACGUCAAAGGCAAGCGCAAAGCUGCAAACCAAGACCCGGCUCCUGACAUGGAGGACGAAUUUGAUUCGGACAAAGAGGAGGAAGAAGAGCUACCGCCUCCACCCAAGGCUACUCGCAAGUCCCCAAAGAAGCCUGCAAAACCCCGAGCCAAGAAAGCAAAGGACCAUGAAGAGUAA